AUGUCUCACAACAUCCUUGUCACCGGCGCGUCCGGAUAUCUCGGAGGAUCCUUACUCGCCCGGUGGAGCUCCGCCAAACUCCCUGCAUAUCGCCGACUAUACGCGCUUGUGCGCACCGACGAGCAAAGCGAGGCUGUCAAGCAAUAUGGCGCAGACCCGAUCAAAUUCGACGUUAACGACGAAGCGAGUAUUCGCGCUGCAAUUGUCGAAAAUGAUAUCUCCAUCAUCUACUUCUUGAUCGAUGCCAUGGCUUCAACCACGCAGCUUCACAUGAUCAAAGCUCUUGCAGAAGUCAGGAAGAAGACUGGGAGGGAUGUGCAUUUCUUGCACACAUCUGGUGCAAAACUUUUCAGUAGCCAUGCUGGCCUCCCGACCGACCGACCUAUUCCUGAUAAUGAUCCGGAGCUGUACAAUCUCCAGAAAACUUCAGUCCCUCGCUUUGGUCCUGUCGGAAAGGCGAUGGAAGCAAACAAUACAAUCAUAGAAACGGCAGAUAAUUAUGGCGUGCGGAGUUACAUUUUCGUACCCUGCAUUGUAUAUGGAGAAGGGGAAGGGUUUGGAAAUAAGACUUCCAUCCAGACUGUCGCCAUUGUCAACGCUGCCACGAAGGCCGGAAAGGUGUACAGACCCGAUCCCACUGGUUAUACAUGGCCAGUCUGCCAUGUGGUCGACAAUUCGAAUUUGUAUCUGGAGAUCUGCCGGAAUAUCCUGUCGGGUAAGGAAAUCGGCUACGGAAAGAAUGGAUACUAUCUCGCUGCUAGCGGAAGCGUAGCUUGGAAUGACCUCUACUCAGCAAUGGCUCGGCGACUGGCAGAGCGCAAGAUUGUUGAUACAGAGAAAGUGGAACUGGCUGAUGACCAGGCCCUGGAAAAUAUGGGCGUGGCGCUGGAAUGUCCGAAGGAAAUAGUGCCGUUGUUUCUUGGGGGCAAAUGCACAUUGGAAGCUCAUAACGGUCGCGAGAUUGGGUGGAAUCCUCAGUACUUGCCGGCUCAUAUUUUGGAAAUGGCCAGUGCUGAAGUUGAUACGAUACUUGAGAACACUGGGGCAAAAUCGUCUUGA